AUGGGCUCAACGGCGAGGGAUGAACGAGAGAAUUCCAUAGAUUCCUUCGUGGGCGACAUCCUGCGCAGUCAGUCGCUGCGGGGCCAGCUCGAGACGCCGCUUGUCGCAAACCGAGAGGAAGAUGGUUUUGCGUUUGCGGCCGCUGCGCCACAGGAGCGCAACCUCCCCUCAACUGCCGCGGUUGCUCGCGGACAGGAGUCUUUCGAGGCGGCAGACGGUGGGCGUAGCGACUCCUCCCCCCGCGGUUCUAGAAAGGCAUUUCAGGCUCUCUUUGGCUAUGCUCUCAUAUUCAUCAACUUUACGUUUAUUAUGGCGUCGAUGCUGCUUAUCAUGUCUGGUAUUGUCGCCCAUGAGAAUGUGGCGGUGCGCCUCUGUGAACCAUGCGGUCACAUUGCGUUGUCGGCCUUUAUCUUUGGGGUUAUUCUCUGCCUGUUCACCAUCUUUGGCUUCAUUUGGAUACGCCAGCAGCAGAUGAUGUUUUUGCUAGUGUACGUUGGCUACCUCGUCAUUUUAUUUAUCGCUCUCUUUGCUCUCAUCAUCGCCGCGGCCGUGCACGACCGGGACACGCAGGUUGCUUUGAUGGAUCCUGGCAAGUUCCUGGACGCCUGGGAGCGCGGCGUCAAUAACACAAAGACGGGCCGAAGCGAUGAUAUUUGUUUUCUGCAGGAGCACUACAACUGCUCCGGUUUCCGCGACGGCUGCUGCCUGGCCGGGGCGUGCUACAGUGCGAGUGCCCCGCCCAAGUGGGUUGAUGCCGUCUGCCCCGUCUGUCCGUCCUUCCCCCCCAUGUCUCCUGUCGUCUGCACCGACGUCGUCUACUCCACAGUGCGUAAAAACUUAAGUGGUUUUUUGGCCAUUAGCAUUUUUUCCAUGGUACUCGUCCUUGUCGGCAUUCUUUUUGCGUUCCUUUCCAGGAGCGCGAACCGGCUGAGGGUGGCUAGCGAGAUGUGA